AGGAAAUGGUCGUUGGACUUGCCAAUGCCAAUAAACUAUCACAAAUGUAACUACGUGAGUCAGUACUACUUUGUUUUCCCCCCUUCUGAACUUUUUUAGUAACAAAUUGGAUGGCUUCGCUCCUGAAUUUGCAUACCCCGAGCCCAACCUUGAAAGCAUCUCCUUCCUUCCUGCCGUAACAAAAUUUUAUUUCCCCUCGUCAAUGGCGGCCACGUUUUGCUCUUUCCUUUUCGUGGUCAGUACCAUCUCCACCAUCACCCCUUCAUCCUACGGAUUAUCUUUCAACUACACAACCUUCAACGGCCACGCCGAGAACAUCAACUACGAGGAAGCCUUCCCAGCAGACAAUGCAAUUCAACUCACCAAAAACCUCCUCGGCUCCGAUCUCAAUCAGAGCUUCGGCCGCGCCACUUAUAGCUCACCGCUGCCUCUCUGGGAUGCUAAUUCAAGAAAGCUCACUGAUUUCAAAACCCAUUUUACCUUCAGCAUCUUUUCCCAGUACCAGGAUGGCUACGGCGAUGGCCUCGCCUUCUUCUUGGCUCCCAAAGGAUCGAAGCUUCCCCCUAGCCUCACAAACGGAAGCUCCAUGGGACUCACCAGAGACCUCCAGCAACUGAACAAAUCAGAGAACCGUUUCGUGGCUGUGGAGUUCGACAUCUUUAGCAAUCCAUGGGAUCCAGCUGGGAAGCACGCUGGGAUCGACCUCAACUCCAUGGAAUCCGCCAAGUCCAUCACUUGGGGAGGAGAUGUAGUCGGCGGAAGGAGGAGCGACGCUUGGAUCACUUACAACUCCAGUGUGCACAACUUGAGUGUUGCGGUGACGGGUUUCGUCGCCGAUAUGAUGUUUGUUCAGACCUUCAGCUACGUCGUGGAUUUGAGAGAUUACCUUCCUGAAGAGGUGAGUUUUGGGUUCUCCGGAGCUACAGGGAAUCAAAGUGCGAUUCACAGGAUUCACUCGUGGGAAUUUGAGUCCACAUUGGAAGCAACUGUGCCUCCUCAAAGAAGCAGGGGAAGUAAAAACAGAGUUCCCCUGAUUCUCGGUUCAGGAGGGAUGCUCCUCGCUGGGUUGGUGUUGUUGCUUUCUCUUGUUAUUCAUUACAGGAGAAGGAUGUUUUGUAGGAGGAACGAUGGCAAUGGCAAUGAUGAGGACGAGCAACAUCAAAUCGAUCGUCGAAUCAUGGACCAAGUAUUGGCGGAAGGAGCGGAAGGAGGGCUGAGGAAGUUCUCGUUCCAAGAACUGGCUCGAGCUACCAACAACUUCGACGACGGAGAAAACAAGCUUGGGGAAGGUGGUUUCGGCGGGGUUUACAAAGGGCUUCUCGCGAGGGGGAAAAACAACAGCGAGGAGUACGUUGCGGUGAAGAGGGUGUCCAAGAGAUCGAGACAAGGGAUUCGGGAAUUCGCGGCGGAGGUGAAGAUCAUCAGCCGAUUGAGGCAUCGAAACCUGGUGAGGCUGAUUGGAUGGUGCCACGAGAAGGAAGAGCUGCUGCUCGUUUAUGAGUUCCUUCCCAAUGGCAGCCUGGAUUUCCACCUCUUCAAGCACAAGGACAAGGAUGCCAGUGCCACCACACUGCCGCUGGGCUGGGAGACGAGGUACAAAAUAGCCAAAGGGCUAGCAGCCGGGUUGCUCUACUUGCACGAGGAGUGGGAGCAAUGCGUGGUUCACAGAGACAUCAAAUCGAGCAACGUGAUGCUGGAUUCCAAUUUCGGCACCAAACUGGGGGAUUUCGGGCUGGCGAGGCUGGUGGAUCAUGACAAAGGACCCGAAACAACGAUCCUGGCGGGGACGAUCGGGUACGUGGCGCCGGAGUGCGUGACGACGGGGAAGGCGAACAAGGAGUCGGAUAUCUACAGCUUCGGGGUGGUGGCGCUGGAGAUCGCGACGGGGAGAAAGCCAGCGGUUAUGAGGAAGCUGGAGAAGCAGUGCUUUGUGCAUUUGGUUCAGUGGGUUUGGGAGCUUUACGGGGCCGGGAGGAUGAUCGCAGAGGGCGCGGAUCCCAGAUUGGGCGGGGAGUUUGAUGAAGGAGAGAUGGAGAGGCUGAUGAUCGUUGGGCUGUGCUGUGCCCACCCGGAUUCGAGCUUGAGACCUUCGGUGAGGCAGGCGCUUCAAGUGCUCAAUUUCGAGGCCCCGUUGCCGAUUCUGCCACCCAAUAUGCCGGUGGCUACUUUCGUUUCUGCCCCGCCGUCGAUCAGUGGAACCUCCACCUCGUCGUUGUCGGUAAUGGCAUUGACCGAGUCCCUUGACGUCACCAACGCCAUGGCCCGGUGACCGGCAAGGCUUGUUGACGCAGAAGCUACUUCUUUUUUGGCGGGGAGCUAGGGUACGUUAGUGGUGAUUGGAUUAUAGUGUUAAUCUAAUAUUAAUAUAUGCUGAUGCUGAUAUUUUACUACACACACUCUCUCUUGUUCUUUUGCCUCGUCGUGUUUCCCUUGUAAUCUUCCCUCGGUCCUUGGACAGAAGACAUCUGGAUCAACUAAGCAUAAACAAGAAAAACAAAAAAGAUGAAGAAAUUAUUUUGUUGGCUCUUCACUUUGGACUAACUCAUUCAACCUCCGUUUGGCUGUUAGUUCUACUAGAAUCAAUACCCGCAACUACGCCGUGGGAAGUUAUUUUGCAGCAAUGAAGAUGUCCUGGAGAU